CGCCACUCCCAGAGGAGGGCGGCCGAGAACCGGCACCUAGGACGCUCCGCCUGCUAGUCACGUGAGCUCCGACGGUCCUGCGGGUGGGGAAUCUGGAGCCCUGGUGAAAUAAAAAUGAGCUCCAAGGGGCUUCUGGGUUGCCUCCUUUGAGGCUUAAUUUCCCUAUCCAAAGCCGAGGGUGGGGAACCAGCUGAUCCCUGACUGGGCGAGCCGCGGAGGAGUUUAUAGAGAAGUGUAACCUCCCGCGCGCUAGUCCUGACUUGGUCGUUCCCAACAGCUAGGGCCUCGACAAGACGCGACCUCUCUCGGAGCCUCAGUUUCCCCGCCCAGCUCAGAGCAGCUGGUGGCAGGAGUGUCUCCUAGUAAUCUUCGUGGGCUCUCCCUGAGACCCUGACCUUGGCACGCCUGCAGCCUCUGGGUCCCUGCCCCGGCUCAUAGAACUCUCUGAGUCCUCCUGCGGGGCGUGAAUGAAGAAGGGCGGCGUUGGAGAGGGCCCACAGCCAGAGCCAGGGCAAGCCUGGCUUCACCCGCCCUUUCUGCCCACCGGGUCAGCGCUGUUAUGAGCCCAAUAACGCCCACGGAUUCCGUGACCCUGCCGCAGCUGGGUUGGAAGGCCGGGAGCGGCAUCCCUGGGGGCACCACCGUGUUCCCCUUUAACCUUAUCCUCAGUAGGAACAAAGGCGAGAGGUGGGAGUGGCGGGGCGGGGCGGUGACGCCGCCGACUUAAACCCGGCUGCAGGCGCAGCACACUUCUUUGGCGCGGGCCCGGGCCGCGCCCCGGACUUCGGUCUUGGUCUCUGUCUCGGCUCUUCCUGCCUACCCAGGUCUCCCCCCGCGCGGGACCCGCAGCCACCUCCACUUUCCUCUGAGCAUGGGACUGCCUCGCCGGGCAGGGGAUGCGGCAGAGCUGCGCAAGACCCUGAAGCCGCUGCUGGAGAAGCGCAGGCGCGCACGCAUCAAUGAGAGCCUGAGCCAGCUCAAGGGGCUCAUCCUGCCUCUGCUGGGCAGGGAGAACUCGCGCUUCUCAAAGUUGGAGAAGGCCGACAUUCUGGAAAUGACCGUGCGCUUCCUGCAGGAGCUGCCUGCGUCCCCCUACUCCCCGGAAGUGCCACCGCCACGCGACAGCUACCAAGAAGGCUACAGUGCCUGUCUGGCGCGCCUGACUCGUGUGCUGCCGGCCUGCCGCGUCCUGGAGCCCACCAUAAGCGCGCGCCUGCUGGAGCACCUUCAUCGAAGGGCAUCAAGCGUUACCCCUGAUGGCUGGCGGGCUGGAGACUCUGAUGGGCCCCCCUCGCCAGCGCCACCACCUGCGCAGGCUCCUGCGCCCUCUCCACCUGCACCUCCCGGUGGCCCUGGGCUCUGGCGGCCGUGGUAGUCCCUUGGCCAGUCCACGGGCCCUGGUGACUGCAAGGGAACUGGAAGGCCCCAGUCAGGGCAACGAAGCUCUUGGUGGUGGCCACUGUUUCCAUAAAGAGGGACCAGCUGGAAUGGGAUGAAGGCUGGAAUGGGAUGUUUGUGACCCGUGUGGAAGACUGCAGCCCUCAAGGAUUCAGCCGGAACAAAUAAGGGGAGCUGCCCUGCUUCACCCCCAGGUUAGAUGUGUCUAGAUAGGAGAAGGGGAAGUGACUGUAGGGUGAGGAACAAGCCCUCCCCGUCCCAGCUGGCUCUGGAACUGCGCUAGCCACAAACUGCCUGGGCAGUGAUGCACCUGCCAUAGGGCUGGCACCAGACCAAGGCCUGGGCCAGGAGCUCACCUGGCCAGGUGCAGCCAUCUGCUCAGACUGAGCACUGCCUGCCCAGUCCUGCUUGGGCCUACUUCCUGCCCAGCUGGGCUUGGAAAUCUAAGGUGAUGGCCUUUGGGGUUUUGGUCACUGCCAUGGCUCCGCAGAGCAUCAGAAAAAGGUAAAGGAAAUGUAGGGCUGGAGAGCCGUCUCCUCCACUCCUAGGCUGUCCUCCCCAGUUACUUAUGUGGCUGCGGGUGAGGGCUUCCUAAGGUGGUCUUGGAAGGAUUUAUUUCCCCAAGCAUAAGGUGGUUUUUGAGGUGUACAGAGGGGUGCGAUGAGAAGGAAGUUUGUCUCUGGAGGCCCUGAGCCCAGCACAGCUGUGGUGCGGUGUGAGUGGAACAGGGUCCAUGCCACAGGGUGACAGAAAUUCAAGAGAUGGCAUGUGUUAGGGAACAGGAGACCCCUGCCUGCUUUCUCUACAGUUCCUGGGGACUGGUUACUGGAAUCAAAUUGUUCUUAAGAACAAGUUUCUUUCUUCCCUAUGAAAGGUAGGAGGCUCGCUGGGAGGACCCCAGGGGGGACCUGUGGAUCUUGGUAAUGGUGCCCCAGAGGGGGUUGGAGGACUUGCUGCCCACUGUCAGUCACUCUCGUCACUUCCUGGGGGACUUGCUGAGCAUUGCUGGAAGAUAGGGAGUUCUCCCCCAGCCCCUAGACCAACAGCCUGUGCUAGGGACCUAGGCACAAGAGGAAGAAGGCAAAACUGAUGGGGAAAGGGCAGUCACUAAGUCAGCCCAGGCCACACAGCCCAUGAGGAUCUGGGCACUGGUUUGGGUGACAGGAUGUGGGGAAAGCUGUGGGCAUUACUGGAAAAAGAAAUGAACAUCAAGACAACAGGGUGAGGUGCCCCCAAAGGCUUCAAUGGGCCAUGACUAGACUAUAAACUCCCAGAGGGCAGGGCUGGGGCCGAGUGUCCAGGGCACUGGGUGUAGAGUGGUGCUCAAUAAACAUGGUGGACUAGUGAACAGAGAUGUGAUUGGGUGCAGGGUGCUAAAGCUUGCCCAGCCUGGGUUUUCACUUAACUUCCACCCUGGGCCCCUGGGCUCACUCUUUUUUUUGGGGGGGGGUAUAGUGGGGAUUGAAUGUGGCCACUGAGCCUCAUUCCCAGCCCUAUUUUGUAUUUUUAUUUAGAGACAGGGUUUCACUGAGUUGCUUAGCCCUGGGUUCACUUUUAAAUAUUUAUUUCAUGAAGGCCAGUGCUUCUUGGAAGGACAAAUGUGGCCCACUUUCCAGAGUUCAUUUAAGCAUAAGGGGCAGGUUACCCCUGGCCCAUGCCCACCCUGUGAGCUCCAGGUUCCUCCUUGGCUGCAGAGUUUUGCUUCAGGCUCGCAGAGGACAGGGUUCUUGUCUCCAGAAAUAAAAACUUUCAGUAUGGGUUUAAACCAGGUGGGAAUUGGCAGAAGUCUCUCUGUUGCCACUUCUUGCAUCUGAACACCUAUCUUGGCUCCCAGUUCUAUGACCUGCACUGGAUCGGUCCCCUCUGGUGACAGGACAAGCAGUUGGGGAGGGGGGUGAGAGUGGAUAGACCAGUGACGCACAGGGUCAGGUGCUCUGGGGGAUCUGAGUUGGGCAGUCAGCUGGGCACUGGCAUGCCAAGGCACGAAAAGUUCUGGGCCAGAGGCAGAAGCCAGAGGUUCUUAGCAGGGAUGAGCAGGAGCUGUCAGGGAGGCCUGGGCUGGAGCUCUCAGCUGGGCUUGUGCACAGGGACCCCACAGCCUCCUCCAUAAGGCAGGCAGGCACCUCUUCCUGGCAACUCUGUAGCUGCAGGACCCCUCUGAUGGCCAAAAGUGUGCAGGCAGUGGCUCUGUCUGUGGCUUCCCCCCGCCCUCAGUACUGGGGGUUGAACCCAGGGCCUUGUGCAUGCUAAGCAGGGGCUUUAUCACUGGGAUCUAUCUCCACUGCCCACAGAGGAGCAUGGAGCUCACAGGGCAUUUUAAGAUCCCCACAUCUCAUCUGAAGGAACGCCCCCCCCUCCCUCAUAAAACCAGUGGGAGAAAUGAUUCUGUGACCCAAGGACAGUCAGAGCACCGAGGUGUCUGGGAACUCCUCUUGCUGAAACAUGUACUCCUGAGGAGACAGGUCCCCACCUGCUCCUCUGGCACCAGGUAGUUGGGAGAGGUCAAGUCCCAUCUCUAUGGGUGUGAGGCUAAAGAGUGGGUUGCUAAGGAGAAAUCCUCCCACAGGCAUUUACAGGUUUUGCAGCCAACCUGUGCAUGGAGGCUCCUGCAGGUCAGUCUCCUGCUGGUUCACCUGGGACAGGAGCAGAAUGAACCUAGUCUGCUGGAAAAUCGGGAGAACCCAAGGCCUUGUGGCAUCCCCUAAGCCCUCCCUUUGGGAUCUCCCCUCUGGAGGUGACGGUGGCAAAGAGGGCCUUCUCACCUCAUGCACAACACCUAUAUCAGUUAAGGGCCACAGCUAGAUUGGCAGAGCGGAAAAGGUCAGUGGUCUUGGCCAGGGUCCAGGGGUGGUCUUGCCCUCCUCAGGGGUCUGGAAGCCUCUGCCCAGGCACAGCCCACUACAUCAAGCCCGUAUUGACUUUUCACUUUUUAUUUAGUUAUUUGUUUUGCAAAUUUACUUUUCAGAAACAUACCAGGUUGGCAGAGCUGUCCUGGAGAACAGAUCCAGCCACGGGCUUAUUUCCCCUGGAGCUGGGGAAGGAGUCCUGGGCCUGGUGCAGGCAAAGCCAGCGUUCUGCCGCUGAGCUGCACCCCGCGCCCCGCUUUAGUUCUUAUGUGGGUCCCUAGAAGGUGGCUGUGUCUGGGGAGCAGAGUGUGCCUCAGGGAGCGUGUCCCUGAGGCUGAACCGCCCUUUCGGAGAGCUGCCUGGGCAUGUGAUGUGGGGGAGAAGGCAGCCACCCACCGGGGGUUCCCAGUGAGUAACAAGUUUCACUCUAGGUUCUCGGAGGCCCUGGCAAGGCCCCAGGCGCUUAGAGCAGCUCCAAUAAAACGUGAAGAAGGGUUUCAGGAGCGUGAGAAAGGCGCCGGAGGACGCGCCCUGCGCGCGCGGUGCUGCCGCCCGAGUUCCACUGGGGGGCAGCAGGGAGCAGGGGCUGGACCGCCGAUCGCAGAACCCGGCUGCGUGAAUGAGGGGUUCCCUGGCCCAGGAGUCCGGCGGUAAAGCAAGAAAAUUCCAAACAGGAUACGUGCUCGCUGCUGCUCCGGUUGUGGAGAGUGAGCCCAGAGCAGAGCCGGUCAUCUUGGUGUUCGGUAUAUUAGGAUUUUUAAUAAAUCUCAGGGAACAGCCUGUGGGUGGCGCGCACCUGCAGUCCUGAGCAGUCGGGAGGCUGAAGCAGGAGGCUCUCAUGAGCCCAGGAGUUCGAGGCCAGACUUAAAAAAAAGAAAAAAUCAAGAACCACCCCAGACCUCAAAACUCAAAGGCAGAUCCAGGGGACUGACUUUUGUUGGCUAUAAACUCCUAAGGGUGAAAAUGAAUAUUCAGAAUGAAAGAAACAUGUCAUAUAAAAUGGCUGUGGUACUUGGAGAUGCACGUCCCAGCCGUUUGGUUUCUCUUUGAGCAAUUUACCAGACACUCAAAGUUCCAUAGGAAUUCCUCCUGGUGUCGUGCCUGGUCUCCCCUCUGCCCCGGAACAUCUGUUAUUCCAUGUCUGUGCUCCUGAGGGGCCCCGGGUUUGAGCCUCAGCAGCUCUGCGGUGAACCCGCCUCUGCCCAACACUGACUGGACUUCUCAGACAGCAGUACCAGGGUGAUUGCCUUCCUGUGGCUUCGCCCCCACAGGCUGUGACAUGCAUUCACACACACAUCAUUGAGGAGAUGUUUUGGCUUCUCUUAUUCCCUGUCCUUCCUAUCUAUCUGGUAAGCUUGAUAAAUUCAGGUUUCCACACCCUA